AUGCCGGCGGAAAUUUCAACGCUGGCGCCGAUCGUAAACGGGGAUCCUUUCGGCCGCGAGCGAAAGGAUCCUCCGGCGUUCACGAUCCUGCAGAAAGACGGGCUGGACAGCAACCUGCCGUUGCUCCACGUGAACGGCGACAUGAACGGCUCGGACGGCGCGCGGUUCGAGCACUGCGACCACAGUCUGUUCGAGCGGAAACGGCUGAGCAGAUCGAACGACCACUUGGUCCAGGCGAGCUUGCAGUCGGGCCAGGCGAACCCGCUGCAGAAGAAGUCGCGGAGCAGGAGCCAGGACAGCGUGCGCUCCUCGGAGAAGGUGCCGGCCAUCAAGCCGAGCAUCACGCUGUCGACGGAGGACUUCAACGAGGUGCUGAACGCGAAGCUGAAGAGGAUCCAGGACCAGGAGCGCGAGGAGCAACGCAGGAGCGCGAGGAGGAGCCAGUCGUUCCGCAAGAAGCCGUUCAUCACGACGGUGAAGACGGGCGAGUUUCUGAUGCCGCCGCCGGAAGUCGCGGCUCUCCUCGGCAUCGGGCCCGGCGAGCCCGAGGAGCCGGAGGCUUGUCCUCUUCGCUCGAGGUUUAAAUCUCUGGUGUCGCUGGCCAGGAAGCCGGAAGUACGUCACAGCAGCCACAACGCCAGGUGUCCGGCUGCCCUCAAGGCCACCGUCGAUUUCACUCUCGGCAUGAUGAACGCGUCGACCAUGGCUGCGGCGACCUUGGAGGAGCGCGCGAGGAUCGCGAAGAGGAGCGACGCGAUCGAUCAACCGGUUCCUCUGGGGAACAUCAUGUUCGAUCGACGGGUCGUUCGGGGGAGCACGUUCGCCGCUGCUCCGACGCUCAUCGAUGGGGAGCAAUCGAUAGCGGCGAGGCAGGCGGAAGCGAGGAGGAGACAUUUGGCGAGGAAACGUGCCCAGGCGCAGGCCACGAAAGCUCUGAUUUUGAGAGCAGGGUCACCGCCGCCGGUCCCCGGCCGGAAACACGAGCCAGUGCAAACAGAAGUCUUUCUGGAAGAGUUGUUCGACAAACCGGACGAGUUCGACGCAGCGACGCAGACCGAGUAUUUCCUGGACAGGCCGCCGACUCCGCAAUAUUGCCCGCCGAAAGUUGGCCAGGACGCCAGCACGCAAAUCGAGCCCGGUGACCUGUUCGACUUCGACUUCGAAGUGCAGCCGAUUUUGGAGAAGCUCGUCGGGAAGACGAUGGAGGAGGCUCUGAUAGAGGUCCUCGAGGAGGAGGAGAUCGCCGCGCUGAAGGAGCAACAGAGGAAGUUCAUGGAACUCCGCGCCGCGGAGAAGGCUGAGGAGAAGAGACUCGAGGAGCAGGAGAGGAGAAUAAGGGAGGAAAAAGAUCAGAGACUGAAGCAACACGAGACAGCGAUGAGAUACGAAAGAGAGAAUGAGGAACGCGUCGCGGCGGCUACGCUUCUGACCGGAUACAUCGCGGAACUACUUCCGGCGGUCCUCGAAGGGCUGAAGAUGUCCGGAUUCCUGCUGGACGAGAUCAAGGCCGAUAUGGAGGAGGGUUUCGUGCCGUGGCUGAUGAGCGAAGUGAAGAAGGAAAUGGGCAACAUGAUCGAGAGCAGGGAGCUGCUUAUGGAGAUCAUCAAGGAGAUCCUGGAGAACCGGGCUGAGACGUACAAGAAGCUGGGCGAGGAGUACGACGCCGAGAGGAGAAAGAAGCCGUCGCUGGAGAAUAUAGAAGAUGGCGGGCGAGACCCGAAUUUCGUCAACUACCAGCCAGCGGUUUUCGAGAACGCCGACGUUAUCUAG